GUACAGGUAGAACUAAUCAGCAGUGACUCAAGAGCCAUGGUUGAAGUAAAACACAUUGUGACACUUAAAAAGGAUGAAUUAAGUUCAGAAGUUGUGAUAUCAAACUCUAGUUCUGGUCUAGUUCAAUUGACUAGGUGUGUUCUGAGCCAUUUGAGGGUGAGCUCUCCUGAUGCAACUUAUGCAAUCGGAUUAGAAGGAUUGGAUUUUUUUUCUAGGCCUCCAUUUUCAUCAAACUUUGGUAUUGUUCCUCCAGACUUUGGCCAAAAGAUGGGAUUUGGUUUUGGCCAAAUGUUGAGUCAAAUGGCCUUUUGGCGUCCAAAUAAUCCAAAUAACAGCAAUGGUCAUCAAACAAAGAGCGACCGAGGUGAUUCGGGACAAGAAUUGGAGGGUGAAGAAACUGAUAAUUACAAACAUUUAAGAGAAGAGAUGAGUCAAAUCUACACUAGUGCACCACAGAACAUGACAAUUAUCGACCGGGUACUUAUAUUAACUCCAUAUUCUCAUAACAAUCUGCUUAAUUGUUGUUUAAUUCUCAUUCCAAUUUAACAGGGUAGAAGAAAUUCAGUGGUAGUUUGAAGAAAAGGAUUUGAAGAACUAUACAUGUUAAGUCCAGGUUCUACUCAUGAAUUGUAUGGCAAGUGUUCUUAUAUAUGUGUAGGCCAAUCAGCCAUGCUUAAGCCAAUAGUUGUGGAAGCUGAAACAGUGUUAAGGCUUGGACAGGAUUUGCAUAAUCCAAAUCUCUAAGCCAUGCCUCCAACAUCAUUUUACAUACAUACAUGUAUCAAUGUAAUGUAGAUGUAAUAUUUGGUUGAGCAAACCAGCCAAACAAACAAGAAUGAAAUAAAAGUUAUCCUUCGUUCCAAUUAAAACCUCACACAAUACUAUAGUUCGACCCCAUCUCAUAUUGUAAAAGUUCU